ACAGGUAGAUAACAGCUGCAGUGUUCGGUGCUGGGAGAUAUUCUGGACUGUAGAGCACCGCUCAGGUCAAUAAACAAUCGCAAACGUUUCCUACUUGGUGCUGAAGCUACUCAGAUUAAAGCAUGGCAGCCAGGAGGUGUCCAGCUGUCCAGGUGGCGCUGAUCGUUCUGCUCGUCGUCAUGACAGCCGUCUGUGUGGCACUGAUUGUAGUGCUGACUACUGGUAAAAAAGACAAAGCCCCAGGGCCUCAGGACACAACUUACCUGAUUGGAGUAGGCCGAUCUGACUGCACACCACCGCCAGCUGAAAUCCCUCUGAUGGGUUAUGCAAAGCCUCAACAAACAGCUGCAGGAAUACACACACGUCUGUACAGUCGAGCCUUCAUCAUCGACGACGGGAGUCGAAGAGUCGUGUUCGUCACUGCUGAUGUGGGGAUGAUUUCUCAGAGGCUGCGGCUGGAGGUUCUCCAGGCACUGAAGGAGAAGUACGGAGACUUGUACAGACAUGACAACGUAGUUCUGAGUGGGACACACACCCACUGCGGACCGGCAGGAUAUUUCCAGUACACACUUUUUAUGCUCACUAGUAAGGGGUACAUCAAGGCAGCCGUGGAGCCUCUGGUCAACGGCAUCGUUAAGAGCAUAGACAUAGCUCACAGUAACAUGAAGCCAGGCAGGAUUUAUAGGAACAGAGGAGAGCUGGACGACAGCAACCUGAACAGAAGUCCUCACUCCUACAUGAACAACCCACAGAAUGAAAGGAACAGGUACAAGUCGAACACAGACAAAGACGUGUUGGUGCUGAAGUUCACAGAUCUGGAUGGCGACGGGAUUGGUAUGAUUAGCUGGUUUGCUGUGCAUGCUGUCAGCAUGAACUACACCAAUCGCAUGGUGAGCAGCGAUAACAUGGGUUAUGCUUCCUACCUGCUGGAGGAGGACAAGAACCCUGGAGAGCUACCUGGACAGGGGGGUUUUGUCGCGGGUUUCUCCUCCAGUAACCUUGGCGACGUCACUCCAAACACCAGAGGACCUUAUUGUGCGAACACUGGGCUACCCUGUGACUAUCUCAACAGUUCCUGCCCAGUCGGCGGGACUGUAAUGUGUCAGGCAUUGGGGCCAGGAAAAGACAUGUUUGACAGCACAAGUAUCAUUGGACACAACAUCUACUUGAAGGCCAAGGAAUUGUAUGCGAAUGCAGUGGAGGAGGUCACAGGUCCAGUCCAGUUUGCUCAUCAGUGGGUCAACAUGACGGACGUGACCGUCAAGAUCAACGACACGCACACGGUCAGGACAUGCAAACCAGCACUGGGUCACAGUUUUGCAGCAGGAGCGAUAGACGGGGGAGGAGACUUGAAUUUCACUCAAGGUGCUGUGGAAGGAGACCCCUUUUGGGAUGGGAUCAGGGAUGCUCUGGUGGGGCCACCAUCCAAUCAGACAAAGGAAUGUCAUCAUCCCAAACCCAUCCUCUUCAGCACAGGCGAGAUGAACUGGCCUCUGCCUUGGCAUCCUCAGAUUGUGGAUGUUCAGAUCAUCACCAUCGGAUCCGUGGCCGUCAUCGCUGUCCCUGGAGAAAUUACCACCAUGUCAGGAAGGAGGCUGCGAGAAGCGGUGAAAAACGAGCUGACGUCCGUGGACACCUUCAGGAACUCAGAGGUGGUGAUUGCCGGACUUAGUAACGUCUACACUCACUACAUAACCACGUAUGAGGAGUACCAGGUGCAGCGGUAUGAAGGAGCGUCCACCAUCUACGGUCCACACACACUCACUGCUUACCUGCACAAGUACCGUGAACUAGCCAAAGCCAUCGCCCAGGACAAAGUGUCAGAGCUGCCUGUUGGCCCUGAGCCUCCCUUCUUUACAAACAACCUCUUUAAUUUAAUGGCUGCAGCCGCGGUGGACAGGAAGCCUGAAAACAGCAGCUUCGGAGACGUUCUGGAGGAAGUUCUUCCCGUCUACAGGCUGGGUGACGUCGUCUCAGUCACAUUUGUAGCAGGAAAUCCUCGACAUUCAGGAGACAUUAGAGACCGGACAUUUGUCACAGUGGAGAUUUAUGACAACAGAACAGAAAGCUGGGAGGUUGUUUACAAUGAUGCGUCGUGGGAGACCAGGUUUCACUGGCUAAAGGGUUCAAAUCUACAGAACAAUGCCACAGUUGAAUGGUUCAUCCCCUCCUCUGCUCCUACUGGCUCCUACAGGAUCAGACACUUUGGACAUUACAAAGAGCUGAAAAGCCUGAGACCCGUCAUCACGCCGUAUGAAGGCUCGUCCGACGUCUUCUCGGUCAGGUCCAGCUACUAUUAAUCACAUGACCAACCGGUCCACAACCUUGAUCCUUCCUCUGAACUCCCAGAAUUGUUCCAUCAAGAUCUCAGAAGCAUUUGUUUAGAUUUAAGGAAUGAGCCACAACACAUUUGGAAAAAUAAUGUUUCUAAAUAGUAAAUUAUGAAAUAUAAAUUAAUUGCUUUGUGUAUAUUGGUAAGAAAUUUGUUGUCCUUGAUUCUGUAGCAUUUCCACUGUGUCUCAGACGUAUAAUCUUGUGUUUUUUGAGAACAAUUUUUCUCUGCACACGUUCAUUCUGUUUGUCUUUGUGGUCGUCUUUGCAGAUGUUUUGUCCUAUUUGUCCGACAUUGUCCGACCAUAUUUCUUCUCUUUUUUUUUUAUUUGUUAAAAUCUCUCACUAAGCCUCAGCUAAACAUUUAACUCAAUUAAAAAUGACAAACUCACGAUUAUAGCAAAAAUAUUUAUUUUAAACUUGUCUGUAUAGAAAUGUCUCAGCCAGGCCAGGGUUAUACAUUACAGGAACAAUAUUAAUCGUCACAGCAGCAUGGAUAAGGUCACUACAGCAACACUGACGUGCAUUCGGCGGUUUCAGGAAGUCGGCGGACAACUAGACCUCGGUCAAGUAAAACACAUUUCACCAGAGAGAUCGGGGGUUACAGAAGACUACCAAGGUUUCUUUGUACAUAACGGAACCCACAAGCUCGAUUAUGAUUAUUUUACACAUGCUUUUCCUCAACAACGGAGUACAUUUUCAUCUUUAAACAUGUGAUGUUCUGUUGUUUUUGUUUAGUUUUUUUUUCUUUUUCCUUUUAAGUCGGCAGUCUUAUGAAUCAUCAUCACAAACUCGGGGGAGAAAAAACGGAUUUGUUCUCCAGCUUUACUCGGCAUAUAAGUGUAAAAAUGCAUCAUGGUUCAGUUGGGAUCUACUGACGCACAGCCGUUACUCGUGUGACGUUUGACAUUUGAGCCCUGCAGCCUCUAGAAGCCCUUUUUUUUUCUCUCUCUUUCUCUCUCUACAUCUUGCACAUUCACAGAUUAUUUACAGGUUAUCUGUCGGCACGCUUAUCCCGAACAACUGAAACUCUUAUCCGUUGAAGAUAUGGAAAACUAAAUGCCACCGGAGCAACUUAAACCCGUUUGCAUAUUGAGUUUUUGGGUGAAAAUGAUUUUUCCCUUUUUGAAAAUCUAAAGUGCUUGGAUGUAUUAAAACAUGCAUCUCUGUUCAUUCAGCAGUCGGAUUAAACACUGAGCGGUGGGAUGUCCUCCUGCACUUAAAGUGACGCCACAGGUAGAUUGAUGAUGCUGGAACAGAGGGUCCCUCCAUAUUUUCUUCUCCAAACCAUUCUGACCAACGGCAACAAACAUUAUAUUUAAAUAUAACUGAAUAAUUCACAAUAAUUCUCAUCUUUUGGUUCUACUUUAUAAUAGGAAGCAGCUCUUUCGGAUUAAAAACAAAUCCUAUUUUCUUCCCUAAAACCGGAGCUAAAGCGUAACAGAUUGUUCUCGUGUUUGAGUCACAGCUUCAUGUCAACAUUGUUAAUACCUUUGUGAUUGUUGAAGGCACAAAUGUUAAAUCAAAAUGUAAAAAAAUAUACAUGUACAAACUA